ACAGAAUCUGCUCGUCAGUUUCUAUCACUCGCCUGUCCCGGUUGCCUGUGCAUCGUCUUCACACACAUUCAUUUUGUACAAAUGAAAGCUUUAACAUUAUUAGUCGCCUUGAUUGGCGUUGUAGCCGCCGAAGUCUUCCUCGACGAAAGAUUCUCAGAUGGAGCUGCCUGGGAGAAAAGGUGGAUCCAGUCAACCAACAAAGGGGAGACAGCAGGCAAAUUUGUUUUGACUCAUGGCAAAUUCUAUGGUGAUUCUGACAAAGAUUUGGGUAUUCAAACUUCUCAAGAUGCCAGAUUUUAUGGCCUUUCAACUAAAUUCAAGCCCUUCAGCAACAAAGAUAAGCCACUAGUCCUUCAAUUUAGUGUCAAGCAUGAACAGAAUAUUGACUGUGGAGGCGGUUAUGUGAAGCUGUUUGACUGCAGCCUGCAACAAGAUGAUAUGCAUGGAGACUCCCCAUACCUUGUCAUGUUUGGCCCUGACAUUUGCGGUCCAUCAAACAAGAAAGUCCAUGUCAUCUUCAGCUACAAGGGAAAGAAUCACCUAAUCAAGAAGGAAAUCAGACCCAAGGAUGAUGUUUACACUCACUUGUACACCCUUAUUGUCAACCCUGAUCAGACUUAUGAAGUCUUGAUUGAUAAUGAGAAAGUUGAGUCUGGUGACUUGGAAACCGACUGGGAUUUCCUUCCAGCCAAGACAAUCAAAGAUCCCGAAGCUAAGAAACCCGAAGAUUGGGAUGAUCGUGCUAAGAUUGAUGAUCCCGAGGAUGUUAAGCCCGAAGAUUGGGAUGUUCCCGAGCACAUUGCUGACCCCGAGGCCAAGAAACCUGAAGAUUGGGAUGAUGAGAUGGAUGGUGAGUGGGAACCAGCCAUGAUUGACAACCCUGCCUUCAAGGGAGAAUGGAAGCCCAAGCAGAUCGACAACCCUGCCUACAAGGGUGUUUGGGUCCAUCCCGAAAUCGAUAAUCCCGAGUACGCUCCUGAUGCCACCAUAGGCAAAUACGACGAGUCUUGCAUCAUUGGUUUCGAUCUAUGGCAAGUGAAGUCUGGUACCAUCUUCGACAACGUUCUCGUCACUGAUGAUAUCGAGGAGGCUAAGAAGAUUGGUGACGAACUGUGGACCGCUACCAGCAAGGCCGAGAAGAAGAUGAAGGAAGCCCAGGAAGAAGAGGAGAGAAAGAAGAUGGAAGAAGAAGCCAAGUCAAAGAAGGAAGACAAUGAAGAUGACGAUGAUGAGGAUGAAGACGAUGCUGAGCCCAGCAAACCCGCAACACCUGCUGAAGAUGCCGACAGCGCAGAUCACGAUGAGUUGUAAAUGCAAAGAAAAAAAAAAAUGAAUGAAAU